GCGCGGCCAUGUCGGCGGCUCUGCUGCGGCGGGGCCUGGAGCUGCUGGGGGCGCCGGAGGCCCCCCAGGCCUCGACCCGCCGGGCCAAGGCGAGCGGGGCUCCAGGGAAGCGGGCCCGGAAGGCGAAGGCCACCCAGGCCCGGAAACUGCGGAACUCGGCCAAGGGGAAGGUGCCCAAGUCGGCGCUGGCUGAGUUCCAGAAGCGAGCUUGUCAGAGCAAUCUCCAAGUAAAUCUGAGGCUUAUGACCAAAUCGAGGAGCACCUUGUCCGACUCCGUGACCCGGCAGAUUGUGCUGCAGAACCGGGGCCGCAAGGCCUGUGACCGGCCUGCGACCAAGACUAAGAAGAAGAAGGCAGAGGGCACCGUGUUCACUGAGGAAGACUUCCAGAAGUUCCAGCAGGAAUACUUUGGCAGCUAGGCCCCAGGAAGACAUAGGGGAGAGGCACCAGGGCCGCCUCCUCUGACUUCACAGCCCCCAGGCUGCCAGCCCAGUUCAAGGAAGCCCUGGACCUGGAGCAGGCAGGAGACUGGAAUGGAGCUGAGCCGGGAGCCCUGGGGAGGCUUGACACGGGACUCAGAGGCCAUCUAUGGGAAUGAGCUGUUUCCCCCACCGGCCCUCUGGGCUGUUUGCUGUGCAAAGGCCAGUGAUGGCCUGUGUAAGCGCCUCUAGCAGGUGGGCUGAGUGGGCUUCACAGCUCAAAUAAAUGUGGACUCCAGGGCUGGCUGCAUGCUAAUCUGACUUUUCCUUCCCCCAUCCCCCCUUGCCCUGAGAACACCCAGUGUUUGCUGACCUACCCCAGAGGUGCCUUCCCUUCUGAAGCAAA